GCCGGUCUGAGCUGACCUGACCCGCACACUCAUAAAACCCACAGGGCUCAGCGAGCUCGCCCGGGACUCCCAAACUCCUAGACCAGAGGUGCGGGGCCUCGCCGACUCGAGGGUCCUGCUGCUCUCCUGGGGCUCGAGAUAUGUGCAUUUGCCUCUCCCUCUGACAGCCCAUGAGGUCAGGAUGUUCAAGCAGCUUCGGAAAUGGUUUGUCACUCGCAUUUUUGGGCAUUCUCGGCAGAGAGCUAGGCUGGUGUCCAAAGAUGGGAGGUGCAACAUCGAGUUCGGCAACGUGGAGGCGCAGUCCAGGUUCAUCUUCUUCGUGGACAUCUGGACGACCGUGCUCGACCUCAAAUGGAGAUAUAAGAUGACCAUCUUCAUCACGGCCUUCCUGGGGAGCUGGUUCUUCUUCGGGCUGCUGUGGUACGCGGUGGCCUACAUCCACAAAGACCUCCCAGAGUUCCGCCCGUCUUCCAAUCACAGCCCCUGCGUGGACAACAUCAACGGCUUGACCUCCGCCUUCCUGUUCUCUCUGGAAACCCAGGUGACCAUCGGGUACGGAUUCAGAUGUGUGACUGAGCAAUGCGCCACCGCCAUCUUCUGCGCCCCCGCCCUCUCCCUGCUGAUCUGCCUGUCCAUCCUGGGCGUGAUCAUCAACUCGUUCAUGUGUGGCGCCAUCUUGGCCAAGAUCUCCAGGCCCAAAAAGCGUGCCAAGACCGUCACGUUCAGCAAGAACGCGGUGAUCAGCAAGCGCGGUGGGAAGCUCUGCCUCCUGAUCCGAGUGGCCAACCUGCGGAAGAGCCUCCUGAUCAGCAGCCACAUCUACGGGAAACUCCUGCGCACCACCGUCACCCCCGAGGGGGAGACCGUCAUUUUAGACCAGAUCAAUGUCAACUUUGUCGUCGAUGCCGGGAAUGCGAACCUGUUCUUCAUCUCCCCACUGACAGUUUACCACGUCAUCGACCACAGCAGCCCCUUCUUCCACAUGGCGGCAGAGACCCUUCCUCAGCAGGACUUCGAGCUCGUGGUGUUCCUGGACGGCACAGUGGAGUCGACCAGUGCUACCUGCCAGGUCCGGACGUCGUACAUCCCGGAGGAGGUGCUCUGGGGCUACCGUUUUGCUCCCAUAGUAUCCAAGACCAAGGAAGGGAAGUACCGGGUGGAUUUCCACAACUUCAGCAAGACCGUGGAAGUGGAGACCCCGCACUGUGCCAUGUGCCUUUAUAACGAGAAAGACGCCAGAGCCAGGAUGAAGAGGGGCGCCUAUGACAACCCCAGCUUUACGGUGUCGGAAGUCAACGAGACAGACGACACCAAAAUGUGAUGGUGGCUUUUCAACUCCAGUACAGGGAGUCCUGAGGUGCCUAGUGGUUAGAGUUGAUAUGAAGCGAUCAACGAUUUGGGGGCAUGAAAGUCAGACGAGAGGCUUCGGUGAGGACUGGCACGAUGAUCCCUGCACCUGUGAUAGGAUCCUCCGAGGUUGGCAGGUCUCGCGGCCCCUCUGUCGGAGCAGCGACGCGAUAUGUAGAACUGCAACGAGGGCCCCAGCGCUCACUCAGACUCCUGAGCCUGUUACCGGGGACCAGGAGAGACGAGGAGGCAGAUCAGACGGUCAGUGUCGGAGACAGGCCGUGCUAGGUAGUCUUUACGUCUCUUUGGAGACCUUCCCUGCUUUAGAUAGGAUCGGGGACAAGUCUAUUCUCAUUUUGACUCUGCUGGUAAGACAGACACCACUUCUGCUUUAACACUGACUCUCGGCAUUGGAGAAUUGUCUCCUGAGGAGGGGGAGCUAGCUAGCUGAUCACGGACGGUAAAGAAAGGCUAAAUCCACACUGCGGUCUAGCAGGACACCGCCUGCCAGAUGCCCGAGCUGAAAGUGCUUUCUGAAUCUCUGUCGGAGGGUUAAGGAGCCGCAGAUCCGGUGAAAGUCUUUUUCUGUUCUUCCAAGAUGGCGACGUGGACUCUGAAGGUGCAAGUGAGCCGGAAGGGAACACACCUGACUCUACGAAGAAAAGGCACCUCGGGCCCUCUGGCCAGGGCUUGUGCUGAGAGGCACGCUCCAGGGCAGACGUGGGAAGAGGCAGGGGCGUGGCCCCAUGGGCAGGACGGGGAGAGGUCUGCCUUUCUUGAGAGCCAAUGCCUCGUCUUCCUGAAAGGGACCGACCUUUGGGGGAGGUCUUACCGGACAUCCUGGUCAGCCCCUAGCUGCAUUGUUUAGGCCGUGUCCCGGGAAGGCUGGUACUCAGAGCUGCUUGGGAAUCCAGUGCGUUUGCUGUGCUGAUUAAUAUAUUAGAUCUUUGCC